GGUUUUAGUGCUCUUCCCUUUGCUUCCAGGAGAGAGCCGAGACUCCACCAGAAAAGCUUUUUUAAUGGAUGCUUCGAUCUCUGUCUCUUCCCGUUUCAAAGAAAUUUCCUAACCCAUCGCUUUGGGUUGCUUGUCUGGAGAGAAAGUUAGAAUCUAGCAUUGCUCCCGCCUUAAAAAGCUGGUUUGUCGAGGUGGGUUUCAUGGCUUGAACUCAAAGAAUAAUGGGUAGCCUAAGCCAAGAGGAAGAAUUUCCAUUUUUUGAUUGCCAUGAAGAGAUUGUGUCAACUUCUGCUAUAAAUUCUGAUGGCAUUGAGAUAGUUGGUACAAAUACUACUCCGGAGGAUCUCCUUCGAGGUGGUCUUCCAUAUGAUGUUUGGAUUGGUUGCCCGGGAAGUGUGAUGGAGCGGCGGAGUAAGUUCUUCAAUUGGAUGGAAGAGGGUUUAAGUGGAAUUGGACAAGAGAAGUCAGUAGAUGUGUGUAGUUCAGAAGGGGGUGUUGAUAGAGUUAGACUUAGCAGUGGUGCAGUGUUGAGAACCCCAGGGUUUGAAGAUGAAUUUUGUUCUACUCGGUCUUCGAUGUCUUAUUGGUCUAAUGAUUAUUCAGAGAUGUCCGAGGAUUUGAGAAUAGGCGGAGAUUUUGUGUGUAGAGAAGGGAAUUUUGGUGGGGAGAUGUUGUGUGAUGUAGAUGAAUCAGGGGAGGAUAGCAGGGUAGAUGAAUGCACCGUAAUGGGCUCGGAGCAGUACGUAGCAGGUGUAGAGUCUGAUAGUGCUUCUACAUCAUCUCCCUUCUUUCGACAUCUUUUGGACAAAGAAGUUGGGGAGAAGAAUAAGUUGAUGGGAGUAACUAAGAGAGGUAACAAUGGGUGGUUGAGUAGAUUACGCUCAAUAGCAUGCAUUGUGGAUGGGCAAGAUAGAUUUAGAUGUGAUGAUGAUGAUACAAUUUUGGCCCAUAGGGUUCAGAGAAUUAAGGUUAGGCAGUACCGCAAGCAAUCAAAAGAACUUUCAGCUCUUUACAAGGGGCAAGAUAUCAGGGCACAUCAAGGUUCAAUCUUGACUAUGAAAUUCAGUCCUGAUGGGCAGUUCCUUGCAAGUGCCGGCGAAGAUAGAAUCGUGAGAGUUUGGCAGGUGGUAGAGGAUGAGAGGUCCAACGAGCGUGACAUUCCAGAAAUAGAUCCAUCAUGCAUUUACUUCUCAGUGAAUCAUCUUUCUGAGUUGAAACCCUUCUUGGUUGAUAAGGAGAAGACAGGGAAAUCAAGGAAUAUGAAAAAAACAUCGGAGUCAGCUUGCGUUAUCUUUCCCCCGAAAAUUUUCAGAAUAUUGGAGAAGCCAUUGCAUGAAUUCCAUGGGCACAAUGGUGAUGUUUUGGACCUCUCUUGGUCAAAGAAUAAUCAUCUACUGUCAUGUUCAGUCGAUAAGGCUGUUAGACUCUGGCGAGUAGGGUGUGACCACUGCCUUGGUGUCUUUUCGCAUAGUAAUUACGUGACCUGUGCUCAGUUUAACCCAAUAGAUGAUAACUACUUCAUUAGUGGAUCAAUAGAUGGAAAAGUUCGCAUCUGGGCAGUUUCUGGUUGCCAAGUUGUUGAUUGGACUGACAUAAGAGAGAUUGUCACUGCAGUGUGUUAUCGUCCAGAUGGGCAGGGAGGUAUUGUUGGGUCUUUGACGGGCAAUUGUCGCUUCUACAGCAUAUCAGAUAAUCACUUGCAACUGGAUGCUCAGAUCUGCUUGCAUGGCAAAAAAAAGUCUCCCUUCAAAAGGAUAACUAGCUUCCAGUUUUCCCCACAAGAUAAUACCAAGCUAAUGGUCACUUGUGCUGAUUCGCAAGUCAGAAUUCUUGAUGGCCUGAAUGUUAUUGGCAAAUACAGAGGUACAUUUAUGCUUCUUUUGUUCAGCCUUCUUUCCUUACUAUUCCUUUUUCUCUUUUGUUCAUAAGUUGGGCUUGUGGAAAAUUUGGAUUUUCUUAGUCAAACCUGCUGCAGUUUAUCAGGAAAUGAUUACUAACUGCUCC